AUGGCGAACUGGCCCCGAGCAUCCCCAUUGGUCUACGUCGGCCUCGGCGUCCUCAUCGGAAUUUGUCUUUCCAUUUUGUCCAACCCAGCCAAUGUUGGUUUUUUUCGAAUUUCUAGGCCAGUAAAAGUUGAAAUCGAGUUCUUCGAUCAGAAUACCAGCAUUAAGAAGAAAAAUCGGAGGAAAAACGAGGAAUUCCGACCAAUUUUGGACUGUAUUUUGUCAUUUAAUUGAAGUUUUACUUAUUUUUUUAAUUUUUUUCCGAUUUAUCUUCAAAAUUAAAAAAAUAUCGUUUUACCAAUACAGAAAUAUGUGAGAAAAAAAUUAAGCUGAAAUAAAAAAAUCAAAUUUUUUUAAAAAGAAAAAAAUGAAUUUCAACGCUUGGAAAGUUAAUUUAAAAAAAGUCAUAUGAUAGUUCCAAAAAAAUUGAAAAAAACCUUCCUGAAAUAUUGAAAAAUUUUUUUGUCAAGAAAAAAAUACAGAAAAAAACUGUCCGUGGAGCGCAGAAGCUUCAAAGCUCUUAUUUUUUUACAGUUUUCCUUGACAAUUUACAACUUUCUCCGACACAUUACAGUUUCUACUUUGUAAUUAAUAUUUUUUCGAGAGUAAUUUUUUUGAUAAAGCUAUGGUUAGUCAUCGAAAUAUUCAUUUCGAAAGCUAUAAUCUGUUCAGAUUUUGAAUGUCAAGUCGGCGCUUAAGUUCCGCCCCUAAUGGCGCGACAAACCAAUCAGAGAGCGAGCCAUCCACAGAGCAUUUUUCCAUGACGUCAUUGCACUUGACAUUCAAAAUCUGAACAGACUAUAGAUCAUUUUUUUUUUCAUGCGAUCACGUUUUAAAGCACAACAGAAAAAAAUUUACCGUAAACGCUCUUUUUUUUGUUUUUUUUCUAUAGAAUUCUAUAAAUGGGCAAAAAAGACUGCAGAAAACAAAGGUCUCGAAGCGAAAUUUGGUAUGGGGUCUUUUUUGAUGAAAAAGGGACAAUUUCACGUUGAAUGCGCUUAAUAAAAUUAAAUUGAAGCUCCUUUUCAUUUUAAAAAAAUUUAAAAAAUUUUGAUUUCACUUAGAUUUUUAGAAAAUAUUUAAGCAAAAUUCUUCAAUUUUUUUCAUCUUUCUGUAAUAAUUUUGUUCAGAAGUUCGUUUGAGUUUGCAAUUUUUUUAAAAUAGGUUCAAUGAAAACGGUUCUUAAACUUUUACUCGUUAUAUACAUUUUUUUCCAGACACGAUUCGAUGACGUGACGAGGUAUUCGAGACCGGACCGGCUCAAGGCGCCGGGCGAAGAUGAACAUCGACACGGUCAUGGCAACGACCCCCACGAGGAGGAAGACGUUGAUGAUCAUCAUGCCGACUUCGCCCCCGUCCAGUUCCACACCAACGACACUCAUCAUUCUCACGAGGGUCAGCAUUAUGAUGAUCUUAUAUUUUAUAGAUUUGCAAUUUUCAUAAAUUAGAGUCACGGUGUUCCCAAACGGGGUGGGGAGACGUCAAAGAAAAAAAAUUGGCGCGAAGUUUGAAAUCUCGAGUACACAGCCGAAGGCGAUCGAACAAACAAGUAAUUACGUUUGAUACUCAGUGCAUUUUAUCCGUAGCGCACACUUACUUUUUUUUGUAAAUUCAGAAAGUUUGACGCCUCGUUCACCUUCCCUCACCCCAUUAGGAGUGCCGUGUAAAGAAAAAUGAUUUUGAUCAACAGUUGAGAAAUUAAACUUUGCAAAAAUAAACUAGGAAACUGUAAAUUUGAAAAAAACAUUGAAAAAAAUAAACUUCACGAGGAUCAAAUAUAUGUUGAAGUAUAGCGAAUAAACUCAAAAUUUUGAUAAAUUAAAGUAUUAAAAAGUGUUUUUUUUUACAGAAACGGAAUUACUUUGUUGCAAAAAUAAGCUAUCAAAAGUUAUAUUUCGAAGUUCAUUUUUAAAAAAAAUAUAACUUUCACGAGGCUCAGAAUUGUAAUAUAGUAUCUCUGAGAAAAAAAUUUUUCAUCAAAAAUUUUUUUAAAGGUUAUUUGAAAAAGCGGAUCAAAUUUUACAGUUAUAAUCAAGAUUAACAAUAUCAAAACAGUAGAAAAAAAUUGAAAAUAAAAAAAAUAAGGAAAAAAGAAAUAAAUUGAUUUCAAUGCAAUUUUUUUCUGAAGAAAAAUAUCUGGUUUGGCUAUUUUUCUUUUUCAAAUUCUACUUUUUUUGAAUCAAAUUGUUUCAAUUUUUUUAAAUAUUUUUUUAACUUGAUACAAGGUAUUUUUAAGUCACACAGUUUUUUUUCCUCUACCCAAAAAAUUAAUUUCAUACGCGUUUUUUCGAAGAAAUCUUGAUCUUACCAAAGAAAUUGAACGACUGCAGGUGAAAGCAUCGUGGCCGACGAAAUCGCCAAGAAGGUCCGGGUUUUCUGUUGGAUUCUGACAGGCAAACAGAACCACGACAAGAGAGCCAAGCAUGUCAAGGCGACCUGGGCCAAGCGCUGCAAUAAGUAACCUUUUUAAUUUCAGUUCAACUUUUCAGGUUUCAAAAAUUAAACUUUAGAUUAUUUAUCUGCUUUUUUUUAUUUUUAAACGUUCACUGUAUUCUAACUUUUUUUCGUUUUCAGAAGCUUUUCCUCGGGUUUCCAAGUCUUUCAUUUUUGCUGAUCAGAAAUUUUUUUCUUCCUGGUCAGAGCUUAACAAUUGGACUUUCCCUUGAUUAUUUUCAUUUUCAAAAAUAGUAUAAUCUCUGGAAAUUCGUUAUAAGCUAAUAAUCUAGAAAUAAAAUAGCGAUAUUUGCCCUUGUAAAUCCAUUUUUUGAGUCAAAUUUUGAUUUACUUGUGAAAAAAAGUAUAUUUUUUUAAUAAGAAAAAAAUGAAACAUUCUAGAAAAAUCCCAUUAUAAUCGAAAAAUUUUAAAGUUUCUGUAGUUUUAUUGUAAAAAGAGAUUCGAUUUUCAUUUGCUAAAUCCUUAUUUUGGAUCUAAUAAUUUGUUCGUAGUUCUGAAAAAUUGACCAUUAGUUGGUAAAAAGUACGAAAUUUCGCUUUUUGAGAACAAAAAAAUGUGUUUGUUUGAACUUUUGAUGAAGAAAACUCUUAAUUUUUCUUAUCAAUUUGAUGAAAAAAAUAAUUUGAAAUGUAUUAUUUAAGUACGAAAUUCAGGUACGUGUUCAUGUCGUCAGAAGCGGAUCCAGAACUGCCAUCGAUAAAUUUGAAUAUUUCCGAGGGCCGAGAUUUCCUUUGGGCCAAGACAAAAGGGGCUUUCCAGUACCUCUACGACCAUCAUUUGGUUCGGUUUUUUUGUAGGAAUCCCAGAAAAUAUGUGUUAAAAAUGAGGAAAAACAGUUAACUCUCUUAAAAAGGGAUGAAUUUUUGUUGUAUUCGGUGGGUCAUUUUAUAAAUUAAUAUUCAAAUAGAUAUAUUUCAACGUUUUUUUUAUAGAAUCUGCAACUGAUCACAAGUUCAAUGCAAUAGAAAUAAAUUGUAUCACUUUUUAAGUUUUGAAACUGAAACCGUAACGUAAGUUAAACUAUCUUUUUUACAGAACGACUACGAUUGGUUCUUGAAAGCUGACGAUGAUACCUAUGUCGUUAUGGAGAAUUUGAGGUUUUUCAAUCUGUUAAUAAAAGGCUUAUAAAACAGGACCAUUUAGAGGAAAAUAUAAAACUUUGAAACUUUUUAAAAUUCUUAUCAAGUGUUUUUAGUGGUUUUUGGCGCUUCCAGCAGGUUCCAAAAAAAAAAUCAUGAUAAUGAAAAUUUAUCAUUUACUGAGUUGCAAUGAGAACGAUAAUUUUUGAGAAAAAAAUGAUGCAAAAAUUAAAAAAAAAUGUUGUAGAAUUUUCCUCAUCAUUUUCUAACAAAAAAAAGUUUCGAAAGGUUUUUUUUUCAGUUUAUACUGAAUUCUUGAUAAAUUUGGGUCCCUAUCCUCAUUUUCAUUUCUUUUUGCGUGUUUGAACAGUCCAAAAAAGCCGUUUUUGCUCAUUUUUUGAAUGGAAUGCCGUGUUCAAAGUAAUUUCCGCGAAAUGCGAAAUUGUCUCUGACCCUCCAAAAUUUAGUUAUCUUUCUCUUUCUCUGACGGCUAUUUUGAAUUUCGCGGAAUCACUUUGAACACGGCAGAAAGUAAAUUGAAAAAAAAACCGUAAUAAACCUUUUUCUCCCGUUUCAAAUUUAGUAUUUAGUAUCUAAUUGAAAAAAAAGUUCAAUUGGGUGUCCAUUUGGAAGUAGUAUGACUCUUGAAGCUGUCUUUUUACUGGUUGUUAUUUAAAAAUUUCUCAUUUUAUCUGACCUAAAAAAAUAAUUAAUUUCAAGAUUUUCCCAAGAUUCUUCACGAUUUUGUGUGUUGAAAAAUUCUUCUCAUUUGUUUUUCGAGUUUGAAACGGAUCCUCCAAUCUUAUUCGAAGAUCGAAAUAGGAAAAAUAGUUUUUUUCUAGCUUUUGAAAAACAUAUUUUUUGGCAUUUUUUAGUAUUUUAGUUUAUCAAGUAGUUUUUCAUACUUCAUUUAUUUUUUUAUGUAUCUAUUAAAUUUACCUCAAGACCUUUUUUUGUACUAUAUUCAAUUAUUUUUUUCUUUUUUUUUUGUUUUCCUUGUCUUUUUCGAAAAGUGCUUUCAGAAUUGAAUUUGGAAACAGUUUUUUUUUUCCAAUUUUUUGUUUUAUAUAUGUUUUUGAAAAAAAAUAGGACUUUUCGAGGCUUUUGAUAGAUUUACAUGCCGAAUUUUGUUUUUUCUUUUUCAAGAUUCAUUAAUGUUUUUCCAAGACCUUCUUUGUAUUUUUUUUUUCAGAUUCAUGCUCCUGGCCCAUUCUCCAGAAGAACCGAUCCAUUUCGGAUGCAAAUUCAAGCCAUUUACAAAGGGUGGAUAUCACAGCGGCGGCGCCGGAUACGUGUUGAGCCGCAUGGCUUUGAAAAAGUACAUUUCUGUUUCAAUCAGUAGAAUAGCUGAAAUAUCCUCAGAUUUAUCACGGAAGCCCUUCCGAACAAGACGAUCUGCUCUCCGAACCAUGGCGGAGCCGAAGACGCGGAAAUGGGAAAGUGUCUGGAGAGAGUCGGUGUGAAAGCAGGAGACUCCAGAGACAGCGAGGGACAACAUAGGUAACCUGUUUCGAGAGAGAUUUAUGAGCAGAUAAUCUUCAUUUUUAACGUUCUAUGUUUUUCAGCGAGACAGUGUAUGAAAUGAAGAGGUUUAUUUACAGUAUUCUCAAUUUUCUUAAAGAGAGCCAAUUUUCACGUAUAAGAAAGUAGUGAGCGAAAGCGAGAGAUUGAAUCGCUUGAAGAGACGCCAGAGAAGGAGAGUAUCUUGAUUUCUCUGACGUCUCUUUAAGCUGCUAUUGAUCUCUUCUUUAAUAUUUUUAAACCUACAGUACUCCCAAGUUUUAUCAAGUUACUGUAACCAUCUUUUUUAGGCUAUCGGAAUCAAAAAAGAGAUCAGAAACGGUCCAAAAAGGCGAAAAAAGUAUUUGAAAAUGGUUGAAAUGUGAAUUUUUAUACCUACAGUACUCUACAAUUUUUAAAAGGCUUUGUAAAAAUUGUUCAAGGUAACAAAAAAAAAGAGUUAAAAGAAGCGAAAAUGAGAGAUCAAUGGGAGCUGAAGAGACGCCAGAGAGCGAGACUUUCUUGAUCUGUCUGGCGUCUCUCUAAGCGAGUGUUGAUCCCUCUUUUAAGAUUUUUACACCCACGGUAAUCCCAAGUUUUAUCAAGUUACUGUAACCGUCUUUUUUACGCUAUCGACAUCCGAAAAGAGAGAUCAAAAACGGCCCAAAAAGGCUUUUUUAAAGAGGUUAUUUUAAAUAAUUAGUGAUAAAUUGUGUGUAGCUUUUUAUCCCUACAGUAAUCUAAAACUUUCGGAAGGCUCUGUAAAGUUUUCGAAAUUCCCUUUUUAAUGUUCUCAUGAAAUAAGGACGAAAAAACGAAUAGAAAUGAGAAAAAGUGAGAGAUCAGUGGGAACUGAAGAGACACCAGACAGCGAGAGUUUCUUGUUUUCUCUGCCGUCUCUUUAGGCUACCGUCGAUCUCUUCACUUGUUUUCUUUAGACAUUGGUAUUUCAGUUUCAAAAUAUUUAUGUCAUCCGGAAAAAUUCGAAAAUAAUUAAAUAAUGAUAAUUUCCAGAUUCAUGCCCUUCGUGCCUGAGCAUCAUUUAUCGCCAGGACAUGUCGAUCCGAAGUUCUGGUUCUGGCAAUACACCUAUUAUCCUUUCGACCAGGGACCUACCUGCUGUUCAGGUACCGUUUGGAAACCGAGUCCCUGAAAAUCAAGCUACAAAAAUGGGUAGGGGCAACUUAAAAGGGCCCUUGGAGGGUCCUUUAGGGACCACUUUAUCAAGCCCUAUAGGGGCCAAUUGAGCUUGUGAAAGUGGUGUGUAGGGGUUUCAGUUAGUGGCCCCAUGUAGGGAACGUGCUAGUCGAUAAUUGUUCUGAAAGCAUUUCCAUGGGAAAACUGAACAGAUAAGCGUUUUUAAUGAAAAUUGAAAAACCACUAUAGGGUACACUUGAACUUUAGGGGCUAAGGGGUCAGAUCCUAAACCUCUAUAGGGACCACCUCAAUUUUACCCCUAUAGGGACCACUUUUUCAGCCCGUAUAGGGGCUGUUUUACACUAUGACCCUUAUAGGGACCACUCUGGAGUUUCCUGAUACCUCUAGGGGAUAUGCUAGUCGAUAAUUGUUAAGAACUCUCAGCGAAGAAGCAUUUCCAUGGGAAAACUGAACAAAUGAGGGUUUUUAAAUGAAGUUGAAAGACCCCUAUAGGGUACACUUGAACUUCAGGGGCUAAAUGGUCCCUGAACCCCUACAGGAGUUUCCCCUACAGGAACCACUUUUUCGAGCCUUAUAGGGGCUGCUUUCCGUUCUAACCCCUAUAAGGACCACUCUGGAAUUGCUAAAAUUGUUUUCAUCUUGCCCAAAAGACAUGUUUUCAUGUUUAUCUACUUUUUUUUCUGAAAAAUGCUCUCUUCCGCCUAUUUUCAUCCUAUAGUUCCCACUUUUCAAUCCGUACUUUUUCAGACUACGCCGUCUCUUUCCACUACGUGAGCGCGAACCUGAUGUACGUCCUGGAAUACCUGAUCUACCACCUGAAACCUUUCGGAAUCGACCGAGUUCUGAGGGUCGAUCGCGACGAGACCAUCCUACAUGCGGCUUAUGAAGCCGCCAGGAAUGCUCAGGGCAAAGAUGACGCAUUCAAGUGAGUUCUUAAGGGAAAGUAGUCAUAAGAAGUUGUAUUCGAAAAAAAAGUCGUUGUAAAGAUACAUAGUGUCUUCCUCCAAGCUUGGAAGUUCCAAAAUGAACCUCUCACUACGAAAAUUACCGUAACCCUUGGAAAAUUUCAGUUUUUCAAAGAAUUUUCGCUAGUUUUUGUUUAUUAGUUGUUGGGCUCGAAAAGGCUUCUUUAAAAUUGGAUACUAUCUUUUUCGAAGCUUAGAAGUACAAAAAUAAGUCUUUCACAACGAAAACUACCGUAAUCCUUGUAAAAAUCCGAGUUUUAAAGAAGAGUACUACUAAUUUUCAUAUAUAUUUAUCAGGUUUAGAGAGGCUCUUUUACGGUUUCAAUUGAACUUCUCAAACCUAAGAAGUACAAAAAUAGGCCUCUCACCACGAAAAUUACCGUAACCCUUGUAAAAAGUUCAAAUUCCCAGGGGAAACCUCAGUAUUUGAUUAUUAAUUUUUUUUUUUGGCCUUGAAAAAAUUGUUUCAAUUCAGAUUAACAUUCUUCAGGUUUAAGAGUAUUUGAAUAAGACUCUCACAACGAAAUUUACAGUAACCCUUGUAAAAAUCCAAUUUUUCAGAGACAACCCCACGCAGAUACCGGCGCGGUAG